UGUUAUCAGUGACUGUUCACUUUGGUAAGUCAGUGAAUCCAAUAUGUCGAAUCUUGUCGCGGGAAAAAUUGCCUUUGUCACUGGCGCUGGUAGUGGAAUAGGUAAAGCUACGUGUCAAGCACUUGCUAGACAAGGAGCCAAAGUUGUUGCCGCUGAUCAAAAUUUAAAAACUGCAAAACAAACUGUUGAUGAUUUGGAAGGAUCUGGUCACUUGCCAGUGGAAGUGGAUGUGUCUUCUACUGAAAGUGUGAGCAAUGCCUUUAAAAAGACUACGGAGCAGUUCAGACGGCCACCUACAAUUGUGGUAAAUUCAGCUGGAAUCACCCGAGACAACUUUUUGUUAAAAUUGAAUUCUACAGAGUUCGAUGACGUUAUAAGUGUUAACUUGAAAGGAACAUUCCUCGUCAUACAAUCUGCUGUGAAGGCUAUGAUUGAAGCUGGUACAUCGGAAGGAGCCUCGAUAAUUAAUAUAGCAUCUAUUGUUGGCAAAACUGGCAAUCUUGGGCAGUGCAAUUAUAGUGCAUCAAAAGCUGGAGUUGAAUCUCUGACGAAAACUGCAGCAAUGGAGUUUGGAAAGUUUGGAAUUCGAGUGAAUUCCAUUCUUCCGGGCAUUAUACAAACACCUAUGAUUCAAACGGUUCCUGAUAAUGUGAAAAAGAUGUUUAUCAGUAGAAUUCCUUUAAAUCGCUUAGGAAAUCCCGAGGAAGUAGCAGAAGCAAUAUUAUUCUUGGCAUCAAAUAAAAGUUCUUACAUUAAUGCAGCAUCUAUCGAAGUGACAGGAGGGAUGCAUUAGGUUUGCCAUAAUAAUGUAGUCAAUGGUUUUAUAUCCUUUUGUUUUUUUAUAAUAUAUGAAACAUACAGACAGGAAGUAAAUUGUUGAAGUUUAUAUU